AUGGGUAUUUUUGUAAAUAUUUUGAUUUUGCUGUAUACGACGACUGUUUUUACAGGAAUAUUGUGUGAUGAUGGCUAUAUAAAUUCAAAUUACAAGUACAAUGAUACUAAUGUAAGUUCAGUUAUUUUAUUUUGUCGUUUUUACAUUGAAUUCGGGGGUGUUUCAAAAGUUUUGGGCGGUCUGCACGAUGCAGUUUGAAAAAUUAAUAAGUCAUUUUGUAGUAGUCUAAUUAUUGUAAAAAUUGUCAUAAAUGUAGUUAAAAGAUGUAUUAGUAUGUUGAUAAAGUUUUAUAUUUCUACUUUUAGGUAUUGGCGAGAAAUUUGAGUUUAAAAAAAUUAGUUUUGAUUUUGCACGGUGCAGUUCAAAAACCGUUGAUUUUUUGAUUUCUUUGAGUUAUCGAUGUCAUAUUUUUUAAAUUUUUGAUUUUUAACUUAAUCUUUACUGAAAUUUUAGAUAUCAACUUUACCCUACCCUUACUACGCUCCUUUUGACAGUUCAGCCAACUUUGUCAAUGUUAUUGGUGCUCUACCUUCAAGUACUGCCAAUUUUAUUCAGAAUAACUUUGCCAAAGCUUAUCAUGACGAGAAAUGCAAGACAAACAAGUAUAAUAUAGAGACGAUUUAUUUUAAUCCGGGAGAUACGGUGUUACUCAAAUGUGUCGUAUGUACUGUUGAUCAGGUAAACAUUUGUCUUAUUCAUCAUCUUACAUUGCUUUUAUCUCGUAUUUUUUGAACAUUUUUAUAGACUUUUGAGAUUAUGGUAAGCUGUCUUUUUAGCUGUACAACGGAGAGAUGAAGUAUUGGAAGGUGUUGAGGAAAAGGGUCUACAAUGCUAUCUAUCAGCCGAGAGAGGUUUUAGACGAGGACUGGACUAUUUUGGACGAAUGUAAGUUAAGACUUUUACAAAAUGUAAUGCUAAAACGCACUUUCAUUGGGCUGCCAACUUAAAGUCAAAUGUUUUUGCUAUUUUUGGACUUCAUAAUAUAUAUUUCUACUUUUUGACCUCAAAACAGUCUUUUUUUGUUAAGUUUUAGUACUUUUUUACCUAAAAAGUAAUGUUUCUACAUAAUUUUUGACCUUAAAACGAUAAUAAUAAUUGACAGAAGUAUGUUUUAGCUACAAUGAAUGAGUUUUUGGGUAAUCCAGGUCGAUUACAAUAUCCAAAACAUAAAAAAGAGAAUGAUGACGAUAAUGAUGUUAAUCGGACUCAAGUCAAAAUGCCAUGGGUUUAUCAAAACGAUGGUAAAUUGUAUAUAGUAAAUGUGAGUGUGGUUUACUUUACUCCUACUUUAUCUUCUUUACCGGGUUUAAUAUUGGGCUUUUCAAAUAAUUAUGUGCCUUCUUUCAAAGCAAGUUUGUGGGUUAGGGAGCAUAAAAUUACUUGAACGACCUAAUAGUAAUAAUUGGUAUUUUAAAACUACAUCUGAUGCAAAGAGAAUGACGUGUAUUAAUACUAUAGUUACUCAAAAUUAAUGAAAUUUAUUUUAAAAUUGUGAAGAUUGAAAUUAAUUUUAAGGCCAGAGUAGAGCAAUAUGGCUUAUAUGAAUGUUCAGACUUUGAUCACUUAAGAGUACACAAGUAUGCUUACCUAGUAGUACCAAGAACUCCGUACAUAGAGGUAUCGCCUAAUAUAUAUGAUAAAGAAUGUGAUAACGAUGAAGACGACGAUGAUACGGCAAUGAUAAAAAUGGACGGAUUUGGAAAAUGGAGAAGUUAUCCAGCCUUAUCUUUCAGCAAGUACAGUAAUAUUUGUGGCGGGAAGAUUUGUGGGGAUACUGUAAGUUCUUUAUGGUUACGGUAAGGUAAAGAAGAUUAGGGUUGAGUAAGGUAGGGGAGGUUGUGGUAGGGUAAAGUAGGGUAGGUUAGUUUAGGGUAUGCUACGAUAGGGUAUGUUAGAGCAUCGUAGGGUAGGGUAAAGAUAGCCAGGUAAGAUAAGAUAAAGAAAAUGUAAGGUGGAGUAACAUAUACUGUCUAGCAAUGCUAUAAUGUUAUUGUUUCAGCUAUUCGACCAGUUUUCCAACUUCUCAGUACCAAUAGUACCAGGCGACGUUGAUGUGACGAUGCUGAAGAAGAAGUUGAAUCUAGAAGUUUACGUAAAAUGGUCAGAGUGGAGUAACUGUACCAAUGGGUACCAGUUUCGUAAAGGCCAAUGUUACAUGCGCAAGAUUACUGAUAAGAAGUUUGAUUUUGAAAAGGAUGGUAGCUUUGGAGUGAUACAAUGGAUAUAUCCUAUACAUUUACUAUUGGAGAACAUACCGAGGUUCAGGAGAGAUGGUGUGUUGCUUUAUAGGUAAGGUUAGGGACGUGUAUAUGGGGUAAUAUAUGAGUAUUGACAUGUAUAUGAGGUUAGAAUAUAUACGAUAAUAGAUACAUAGGGCUUAAAACAGACAAGAUAGAAGGCUAUGAAAGAGAUAGUGAGGGAAGGGAAGGGCUUGGCAAAGUCAACAUAUAAGGGGUAGAUAAAGCUCGGGAGGGGGAAAACUGUACCUGACCACAAAAUUUACUCAUAUCUAUGUUACAUUAACGAAAGUAUCAUUUCAGCGCCAUUUUGACUGACCUACUACUAUCAUCCCAGUCAGUACCAUCCCAUUGCACCAAGAUACCAACUCAACAGUUACACGAGUUCAAGGCAGCUAUACUCGACAACAUGUUUCGUGCUGUAAAUGGUACAGUAGCUGGAUCCAAUGAGUACAAGUUGACUCCAUGUGCUAGGAAAAUAGUCAAAGAUGACUAUACUACAAUAAUUGGACAUGGUGCUAUUCAGAAAAUGGCUUGUACAUAA